UAUAUAUUCGGUCCUUAAAUUCGUGAGUGUCAGACUUAUUUCAUCUCUUGAAUAUAAUAAAGUAGAAGAGAAAAGUCUCCAAGUUGGAAUGGGUAUCUGCAUAUCCUCUGAAUCUUCAGCGAUUCAUGAAGCGCCUGAAGAAGCUCGUGAUGAAAACGUGAUAGUGUUUAAAGCAAGCAAGGUUCUAAGCGAGACUCGGGGACUUUGCUCUGCUUACUCUAAACAAGGUAGCAAAGGACUUAACCAAGAUGCUGCUACUAUUUCUCAGGGUUAUGGGAAGGAAAAGGCAGCAUUUUGCGGCGUUUUCGAUGGCCAUGGAAGGAACGGUCACUUAGUGAGCACAAUAGUAAACAGCCGUUUGUCUUCACUCAUACUGAACCAAAAGAACGUGCAUGGAAAGAUUGACACGAUGGAAAAGGGUGAUGAUAAAAACAUCCUUAACCAUGUGGACACGGUUGAAGAAGAUUCGUCUCCAAAUAAGAAUUUUCAGGAAUGGAAAGAAGCUAUUAUUGGCGCUUUCAGGGUGAUGGACAAGGAGUUGAAGCUGCAAGAGAAUCUAGAUUGCUCUUGUAGUGGAACUACUGCUGUAGUUGUCAUAAGAGAGGGUGAAGAUCUUGUCAUAGCUAACCUUGGUGAUUCAAGAGCAGUCUUGGGCACAAUCUGUGACGGUGAAAUCAUACCCGUUCAAUUGACCACAGAUAUGAAACCUGGAUUACCUCGCGAAGCGGAUCGAAUAAGAAGUUGCAAUGGCCGUGUAUUUGCACUAAAGGAAGAACCACACAUCCAGCGAGUGUGGUUACCUAAUGAGAACUCCCCAGGUUUAGCCAUGUCUCGAGCUUUUGGAGAUUUUAUGCUCAAAGACCACGGUAUCAUUGCCAUCCCAGAUAUUUCGUUUCUCACUCUAACAUCCAAGGACCAGUUUAUUGUACUUGCAAGUGAUGGGGUAUGGGAUGUAUUAAGCAAUAAGGAGGUUUCCUCAAUCGUGUGGGAGGUAAACAGUGAAAGGGAAGCAGCAAGGGCAGUAGUGGAAGCAGCAACCGCAGCAUGGAAACACAAGUAUCCUUCUUCUAAGGUUGAUGACUGCACUGUGGUUUGUCUCUUCUUCCAGAAGAAACAACAGCUCUUAUCCGUGAAAAGUGGAAAUCCCUGAUAAGGCCCUUUUUUUUUUCUUGGGAACAAAGUUAUUAUGUCUGGGUACAUCACUUGACAGAUGUAUGUUAGUUGGGAAGUUAAAUGACGGAUCAAGUUAAAGAAUGCUGAUAUGAGGUUCUAUUGGUUUGCUCUGGUUUCUCUCUUCCACUUUAUAAAUAUCCAUGUAUUUCUCGUAUGUCGUAUCAUAUCAUUUAAUGCAGAGUUAUUUCCACACAACUCUCUUUUUCAGAUUUAUUGUGACACCAAGUCAAUGUCACAUGUAUUUUCUGAUAAUUAUUAACAAGGCUUUUUUAUGUUAUAUUGUAA